AUGUCUCCACUGCAUCUAUGGGAUUCCCGCGGCCAAGCCCUUCUCCCAAUGGACGAGUUUCACGGACAAGGAUGUCUCCUCCCAGCCCUAGAGAUCGCGGUACGCGAAAUCUCGCAAUAUUCCUGGCUAGUCCGCAGUGAGCUGGGCGAAAACCAUAUGCCACUAGCCAAGGCUGGAAAGAAGGAACGUCUCGCAAAGAAGAAGAAUCAGGAAGAGAAGAAGUCUGUGGUGAACGGGGUGGAGAAUGACGAGAAGGCAGACAUUGAUAUGUGCUUUGGAGCUUCUUCGCCAAGUGACAGAGGUAUUUAUCAUUACGGUGCUACUUACCACGAGUAUGAGACGCUCAUAAUGGGCCGGUUCGAUGAUUAUGGCAUUGAAUUCGCAGGGAAGGUUGACUGGUCGCUGUGCUAUGGCGACGGCAACGAUAAUGUCGAGCAACUUGUCAUCACUAAGAUAAGAGUCAACUUCAAAGAGGUCUUAGCCCUUCUCACUGAUAUGACGCCUUUUUCACAAAGAAGUGGUCUGUUAUUUUCGCAAUGUGUUGGGAUAGCUCGCACACAGUGCGGCAACACGCCUUCAGCACCUGGUGCUCGACAUGGGCCAGGGAUUCUCUACCGAGCCAGACACGAAUGCAUCAGAUAUAGCUCUAAGAAAAGGAUAGGUAUCUUUCACACUUGUGGCAAUUCCAUGCCGGAGCUUGAAUAUUGCGUGGACCGGCAAGCAAAGGUAAAGGCGAUUCGGGAUGCGUUAGCCCUGGCGAAAGUUUUGCCGGGAAAUGAGAAGUUUUUUUUCAAGGCUGAAACUGCCUUUGGAACUGUCAAUUGA